GCCGCUGUACGUGAUCGUGGUGAAUGCGUCACUCUUGAGAGUGCGUGUCACCUAUCCGUGAUUAUCUGGAGUUUAUUACCUGUUGUGUUACCUGCGAAUCCACGCACGAUGCAACGCGUCAAUAAAUGACAGGAGUUCGUCGAUGCGCAAUUAAAAGCGCAACGCACGGAAUUCUUUCUCGCAAUGGGCAAUUGCAUUAGAAGUAUACUGAAGAGGUUAAGAACGAGCCGCGGCACGGAAAGGUGCGUUUUUGCAAGAACUAUUAUCUUGCUCAUUGUGGGACUGGACAAUGCCGGGAAAUCCUUGAUUCUGAAUCACAUAAGUGGUGAUCCAGAUCAAAAUGUAUUGCCUACCAUGGGAUUUCGUAUGGUAUCCUUAAAGCACAAGUCGUACUUGGUGAAGAUAUAUGAUGUGGGUGGUAGUUCACAAAUUAGAGCAUUGUGGCCUAAAUAUUACAACGACAUACACGGUCUUAUAUACGUGGUGGACGCUAGCGAUAUUUCCCGUCUUGCCGAAAAUAAACUCGUGUUUAACGAAUUAAUUACGCACGAACAUAUCUCGACGAAACCAUUAUUGUUACUCGCCAACAAACAAGACUUGAACGGUGCCAUCGACGAGCUGGAUUUGGUUGAGAACUUGGACGUGGAGCGCGCGGCCAACGCCAUGAAGUGCCCCACCAGGGUGGAAACGUGCUCCUGCGUUUAUGACAAGGAACAAUCGAGGAACAGCACUUUGGGCAUAAGAAACGGAUACAAGUGGUUGUUGGAUACGAUCGUGAAGAAUUACGUCACGCUGAACAACAGAACCAGACAAUCGCAACGACCUCGGCGAGAUUCCAGAAGAAAUAGAGUCCAGGACACGCAGUCUAUUGCGUCGAACACACCGUCAAGAAUGUCCGUGCACUCGAAUCCUUUUAAACCCAUUAAAGAUCUUUUAGCGACAAAGGAUGAGCUCGCGAUAAAUGAGUCACGCAAUGGUACCAGUGACGGGAGAAGCAUCACGAAAGUUUUUAUGCGGAAAAACAAGACUGCCCCUCUUCCAGUUGAUCAAUCGAUUAUCGAGUACGAAAGUCUCUCGCCUAACGAGGAAGCCCUGCAUUCUCCUGAGGAGGCCGGGGAGAAAAGCACACAAACUACGACGACGAUACUGGAUCCCUUGAACUUGGAGAUCAAUCAUCGCGACAGUUAUAUGCAUAUGAAACUAAUCCGUCCGUACACCGCGCCGGAGCGAUCGCAACGAUUGCCGAAUAAGAUGACGAUAAUUAGCAUUCCUGGACAAGUGCCUCAAUGACAAGAUCUGUAAUAUCUUGUACUUCAUUAAUUUUACGGGACCAAGUUACAUUCGUUACAUCGUAACGUAUACACAAAGUCAUGUGUCUGCGGCUUUGGAAUUUCAAAAAGACUAUCGUCUCAAGAAACAUUGUGUCCUUUCAACGUGCAGUCUUUGAGCAUUGCCAUUUACAAUAAAUUGAUUUAUAUAAUUGCGUUAAUUAAUAUCUCGUGUAUAAAAAUAUAUUCUUGCCACGUUGUUAGAAGUUACCGAAGCAGAAAAUGCGAAAAUAAUUUAAUUUUGUGAACAUUAAUGGUCGUAUUUAUUAAUAAGUUUGUAAACCUAUAAUAAAUAUUGUAUGUAUCUCUUUUAUCUAAUACAAAAAAAUAUAUAUUCAAUAAA